AUGGCAUCACAUUUUCAACAAAGAACAGUACGUGCAGGAUGUGGUUCUAAUCCAAAUAAUGCUGGUGAAAUAUUGAGUGUAAGAAAUGAUCACAAUCGUGGCGAUCUCUCAGAACUUGUUGCCUUAGUCGGACACGGUGCCAGCGGACGAGGUUCAAGUAGGCAAACCGCUCAUGGUGUUGGUCAAGCAAACAGUGUUGCAGCAAGCAAGAUGUCGUCGCGAUUGGGAAUAGGCCAUUAGGAGAACGACAAUCUAUG